CAGUUAUCGUUGUUGUUUACUAUUAUCUAUUUGUGUAAUAAACUUUGAUUUUUGGAAUAUUAAAAUAUUAUAUUCGCAAAAUGGAAAGUGAAAUUGAUUGCGUUGCUAGUUGCCCAGUGGGUUCGACAGCACCGAGAGAUUCUAUAAGUAGUACUGGAUCUUCACUGUCUAUUAGUAGUGCUUCAAUAUCAACGAAAACUGCACUUAAUGAGUGCUCAUUGGCUUGGAUAAGUUAUCUCAGUGCUUUGAAUAGUUUGUGUACUGCUGGGAGUAAACUAGGAAGUACACUGACGGUACUGGAACAGUGCGGUUUAUUUGGAGAAAAAGCUCCAAAGGCUUAUGCCGAGAAAAACUUUUUUCACAACCACCCAUCCUCUUAUUUAACGCACUACUGGAAUGAUUUAGCCAGAGCAACCGCAGUGGCUACAAGUACCGUCAAAUCGCAUAUCAUGGCCCUUUUACAAGAAUUUGUUGUAUUAUCAACUCUCGACCCAUCCUCGAUUUGCGAAAUAGAACAAAAGCGCUUGAGAGAUCACAAUGAGCUAAUAAUUAUGGAGAAUGCACAGGCUAUGAUAAAUAUACAACAUCAAUUCUGCGCCGCGAGUUAUGACGCCUUUUCGUCUUUAACUUGCUGUUUUGUUUGUCAAUCACCUGUAGGUUUCCCUCAUGAGUCGGAUUGUGCCAUGAUAAAGCAAAGUAGAUUAAACACUGACGCACGAUCUCAAACUCCCUCACCGAACUUUGGUGGAAUUAACAAAAUAGACACCUCUAGAGCUAGUUGCAUAACAGAACAGCGGUCACAUUUCCAAAGCUCUUUAACUGGUCAGCAACUAGAUCAAUCCACAAAUUCAAUGGAUCCAACUCGCGGACCUUCGCCGCUGCAGGCUAUAUUUGAAAACACGAAAGGUCCACUACCAAACCCAGGACAUUUGCUAGCAAUGAAAAGUCCGUUUGCUAGAGGGGAGAGGUCUCCACUGAAUAUUCCUUUAUUCCCUUUGAACGGUCAACGUCGAUGGUCUGAAGCUGCUGCAGGUGAAGUGAUAGAUGAAAAUUCAACCGAUGCCGAAAAUCAAAUGAGACGAUGGUCUAUGCCAUGGGAAGCUGUAAAAACGGAUCAAAAUACAGUCACAUGGUAUCAAACUCGAAUAAUGCCUAUAAAUAAUAUUAACUUACUUAAUCAUAAAACGCCGUGUUCUGAUAGAAGCGUAUCUAAUACACCUGAUCUAAACUGGCAAUCUUACGCAACAAGUCACGACGGGUUGACAGAAGCAAUUCAGUUGCUCUCCUGUCGACCUUCAAGAGUUCCAGCUCAAGGUUUACAAGGAUACACUCCGCAGCACACGAAUAUUCAAAACAUUGAGUAAUUAUUAAUCAUUGGAUAUGCGAUAACAACAUAUCUAUAUGAGUUUUUUAAAUAUAAGAAUUAGAAUCAGAUCUCUGAGUUUCAAACCAAUUUAGGUAUUUUGAUAUUCUAGCCCUUCCAAUAGCGAGUGUAGCUACCACAGAGUGUAAUAGUUUUCAUUACCUAACGAUUGUAUGUAAAACCAAAAACUAAUAAGAGAUAAAUAUGGUGUUAUAUGAAUAUCAAAUAUAUGAAAAAAGGAGUUGAAGAGGACUUCAGAAGGUUGGUAUUGCAAAUGAGCCACGUCUAUAAAAUGCCGCUAAUCGAAAAUAUAUAAUAAUCAUAAAUGGUGCCGGACAGCAGACACAGUUCUGCUUAAGAGUGCUGCCGAGUAAAGAGUAAAUGAGUUAUAGUAAGAAGUUGUAAACUCAAAUAACGAGUAAUAAAGUGUUAAGUGGUUUGAAUUAGAAAUAAAGAUAAAUGGAUAGCCAUUAAA